AAAAAAAAAACAAAACACACAAUAGUUGAUUUGCACUGAAACAUUUCUAAAUUAGCGUAAUAGUUAUAGAACCGAUGAGCAGAUAGCAAGCAAGUCGAAGAAGUUUUCUAAUUUAGAAUUUCUUUAUCUGCGAAAGUUUUGGCAGUAAAUUUAUAAAAGAAACUAGUAUUAAAAUCAACUAAAUUAUAUUAAAAUGUUGAGAUUACCUCGCGCUGCCGGCCCUUUAACCAAACAAUUACGGUCUUAUGCCGCCUUAUCAUCAGCACGGCACUCGUCUGCUGGCAGUGAUAACCAAGGACAGGAUGAUAACCAUCCCGUAAAGAGAUCUUUGAAUAUUUUAAAGAAUGAUAUGAAAAAAGUAACAAAUUUCUUUAAACCAAAUGCCAGUAACAAAACAAAUGAAGGAGAUAGCGCGCGUGCUGAAACCGAUGAUUUAGAUGAGAAACUUAAACGUUUCCAAGGUACUCAGGGUGCCGGAACAUCAGAUGAUCUCUUUCAAACACAUUGUGAUGUGGUCGUUAUAGGUGGAGGCGGUGUUGGCUCUUCCGUGGCCUUUUGGCUAAAAGAAAAAGCUAGAGAGGGUUUAAAUGUGGUCGUAGUAGAACGUGAUCCUACGUAUGAACGUGCCUCUACCGUGUUAUCAGUAGGUGGUUUACGCCAACAAUUCUCAUUGCCGGAAAAUAUUCAAAUGUCAUUGUAUGGUGCUGAAUUUAUAAGAGAAUCAAAAGAACGUUUAGGUGAUUGUGAAUUAAAUUUUACACCCCAUGGCUAUCUGGUAUUGGCUUCAGAGGAGGGAGCCGAGACUUUAAUGCGUAAUUCUAAGUUACAAAAUGAAUUGGGUGCUCGUAAUGAAUUAUUAAAUGCAACACAACUUAAGAGUAAAUUCCCGUGGAUAAAUACUGAGGGUGUUGUAUUGGGUUGCCAUGGAUUAGAACGUGAAGGUUGGUUUGACCCCUGGGCCCUAUUGAUGGGCUUUAAAAAGAAGGCUCAAGAAUAUGGAGCCCAUUUCGUAAACGGUGAAGUUGUGGGUUUUGAAUUUAAAGAACAACCCGAUGUUAUAGUGCGUGGUAAUGAUACAGGAGAUUAUCAAGGCCUAGAUAAACUGGUGGUGAAAAUGCCAAAUGGUGAAACACGUACCAUUAAAUUUGCCGUUUGUGUAUUGGCAGCAGGUGCCUUUUCGGGUGAGAUAGCACGUAAGGCACGCAUAGGUACCGGACGUGGUAUGUUAAGUGUACCUUUGCCGGUAGAACCACGCAAGCGUUAUGUUUAUGUGAUAAAUUCUCAGGGUAGCAAUUGUCCCGGUUUAGCUACACCCCUUACAGUGGAUCCAGAUGGUACUUACUUCCGUCGCGAUGGCUUGGGAGGCAAUUACUUGUGUGGCCGUUCACCUACCUUAGAACAAGAACCAUCUGUGGAUAAUUUGGAUGUGGAUCAUGCAUUCUUCGAAAAUGAAAUCUGGCCUAGUUUGGCAAAUCGUUGUAAGGCUUUUGAAUCGGCUAAAGUGGUAAACAGUUGGGCUGGUUUCUAUGAAUACAAUGUAUUCGAUGAGAAUGGUAUUAUCGGUGCCCAUCCCUAUUACAAUAAUCUAUUGAUAGCUACUGGUUUUAGUGGACAUGGUAUACAACAAACUCCAGCAGUUGGUAGAGCCAUAUCAGAAUUGAUUAUUGAUGGUAAAUUCCGUACCAUUGAUUUGUCACGUUUAGGUUUUGAUCGCAUCAUAGUAGAUCGUCCCAUGUUUGAAUCGAAUAUUGUUUAACAUUUAGCUUAAAGGCUAAUUAUAGUAUAAUUUAAUUAAAAAACUAAUAUUUUAAGAAGAAAAUAUUUUUCACUAUUGUUGUUGUUACAUAUUUUGUAAAUAAUUCAAAAAUUAUUUUAAAAUUUGUGUGUGCUAUUUUUUUAUGAAU